AUGCCUGGAGCAAGUUCAGAGCGACCAGAAGCCGGCUCAGAGACCGGCGAAGCAUGGACAGUCGAGAAAGCCUUGAGUCGCAAUGACCUGGUCCAUAUAUCAGAUUCACCGAUCUCCUUUUUUCACCUUCUUGGCGCUCUCAAGACAACGAAGCGUGAAGGCUGGAAGAGACAUGAAAUCGCUCCCGAGUCGGUGGCGGAUCAUUCUUAUCGAAUGGGCAUGAUAGCAAUGUUUGCACCCCAGGAACUUGAUCAAGCCAAGUGCAUGAAGAUGUGCCUUGUUCACGACAUUGCGGAAUCUGUCGUGGGCGAUAUUACCCCUUUCAGCGGUGUUUCCAGGACCGAAAAGGGUAGAAGAGAGGCCUCAACCAUCGCGUACAUUGCUAAUCGCUGGUCUGGACCUUACACUGCCGAGAUUGAGAAACUAUGGCAUGAAUUCGAAGCUGGUGAAACUCCGGAGGCUCAGUUUGCCCAGGAUAUUGACAAAAUCGAGCUCCUUCUACAAGCAGUGGAGUACGAAAGGGAGAGCAAGAGUGAAAAAGAUCUGGGCGAGUUCAUGGGAGUUGCGCGGAAGUUACGAACUGAAGCUGGAAAGGCAUGGGCAAAUGAAAUACUGGGAGAUAGGGAGAGGUUUUGGGAGGGUCGACAACACUUGAGGGGAGAGCAUGCCCAGCAGGGAGGGCUCUCUGAAGAGAUGACAAAGGCCCAUGAUGCAUAUUAUGGGUAG